UAUUUAAAGGAACCGGGCGAGUAGCGAAAGUGAAAAUCGCUGUAUCCCAGCCCCGGUGCCUCGUCCUCACUCCAGUGAACCCCUCCUUGCGCUCCUGCCCAUUCUCUGAGGUCGUGCCGCUUUGGAAAGCCGAUGUCGCACGUGUUCCGCGGCCAGGAGUGCGCGGGGAGCCACGAAGAAGAUGAUAAGAAAGUAAGGAGGAGAGAGAAGAACCGAGUUGCAGCACAGAGAAGUCGGAAGAAACAAACGCAAAAGGCAGACAAACUUCACGAGGAAUAUGAAUCUCUUGAGCAAGAAAAUACCUCCCUGAAAAAAGAAAUCGGAAAGCUAACAGAUGAAAUGAAACACUUGAGUGAAGUUUUGAAGGAUCACGAAAAGAUCUGUCCACUAUUGCACUGCACCAUGAACUUUGUGACCGUGCCAAGGCCUGAUGCACUCAGCAGCUGCCUGCCCAGAUGAGACAUCUCCUCAACCUGUGUGAUGUGUGAAAGUGCCAGUAAAAUGGGAGAUGUGAAGAACUGCCUGCGUAAGGUGCAGAUCUACCCUUGAAGAGGGCUGGACUUGCCCACACAGCUGUUCUCCACGUGUUUCGGUUUUCUGAAUCUUGGGAAAGCAUCAGUAUAGGAAAAAAGACAGCUUGAACUACGACUGCUUUCUGUGGUAGAAUCUCCGAGCCAUGGUUUUGCGUUCAGAAAUAUCAUGGUGCAGUGCAGCCCACCAUCACUCAAUGGAAUGUAGACCGGGAUAAGUACCAGCCUCGGGCCGAGAUGCCUUUCUCCCACACGCUCACCACUAGCAACCCUUUGUCAGUUGUCAUCCUUUUGUAUCAGAUUCUGGCUGCUGUUUUGGUUGGGGUUUUUUUUGUGUUGUUUUUUCCUCUAAACAGAUUUGGCUAAUAAAAAAAUGAUGGCAUGUUCUGUCUUUA